ACAGCCUAGCCGGAAAUGUAUUAAUGAAGAAGAAGAAAAAGCGGAAGAAGAAAAUCCUUCAGUUCAUUGAUCAAGAUGGCGACAUUGGUAGUUAACCAGUCCCCGCUUGGGGGUUUCAGUUUCGAAAACUGCAAGAGGAAUGCGGUUUUGGAAGUCGAUUCUAAGAAAUUAGGAAGUAGCUUGCCUGCUGCACGGAAAACAGGAACUACCAUCUGUGGUGUUGUUUUUAAGGAUGGUAUUGUUCUUGGAGCUGACACCCGAGCCACUGAGGGCAUGAUAGUGGCAGACAAGAACUGCUCCAAGAUACACUACAUCUCCCCCAACAUUUACUGCUGUGGAGCAGGAACAGCAGCAGAUACAGAGAUGACCACUCAGAUCAUCUCCUCCAACCUGGAGCUGCAUUCCCUCUCCACAGGCAGGCUGCCACGUGUUGCCACUGCUAACCGCAUGCUCAAACAGAUGCUCUUCAGGUAUCAGGGCUACAUCGGGGCUGCUCUGGUCCUGGGUGGAGUAGACUGUAAUGGUCCUCACCUUUACAGCAUCUACCCACACGGCUCCACUGACAAGCUGCCCUACGUCACCAUGGGAUCUGGGUCCCUGGCUGCCAUGGCAGUGUUUGAGGACCGCUACAAGCCUGACAUGGAGGAGGAGGAGGCUAAGCGACUGGUGCGUGAUGCCAUUGCUGCCGGUAUAUUUAACGACCUGGGCUCUGGCAGCAACAUAGACCUGUGUGUCAUCACCAAGGGCAAGGUGGACUACAUCCGGCCCCAUGAUGAGGCCAACAAGAAGGGGGUCAGAACUGGUGACUACAAGUACAAAAGAGGAACCACUGGUGUUUUGACGAAGGUGGUGGCUCCGCUGAACCUGGAGGUUGUGGAGGAAACUGUACAAACUAUGGAUACUUCCUAAAAUACUUACAAUGUAUAUCUUCAUGUAACUUGUUCAAAUUCCUUACACAAAUGGCAUGUUUUUCAUGAUUUUCAUGAUUUUCAAUAAAAAUAAAAGUUGAUUCAUGUUCA